AAAAAGAAGUGGCACAUAUUCCACAUUUUGGAUUGGGGAACAAACAAAAGGCAAUCCACCAAGACGUGGACCAGGUCUUCUUAAUUUUGGGUCCCACCCACGACUUUGAUUCAAUUAUUCACCAAGUCUUCUUAAUUGGAAGUGAUUGGGAUGAUAUUAAUGGGAGAAAUGUAUUUUUGUGUCCAUACCUUAGUAUUUGUAUUGAAUACUUUUAAUAAAUUUUAGAGGUAAAAAGUUUCUAGGGCAGGCGUUCUAACUUCAAAACCGGAAGAGGUAAAAUAGGCAAAGCAAGCCGGUGGCUAUUUUGGGCCCCCAAAUGCUCUACCAUUUACAGUCAAUUUGGACAGUUUGGGUGUGGGCCCAGAACCAGCCCAAUUGGAGAGGAAGGGAAAUUGAGCUGACGUGGAAUAUCGGACGUCAGAGGAACGCGAGAGGAAAGUUAAUGAAAGGGACCUGUGCCCCCGCCCCCCGCAAGGAAAGUCGCCAUGGAUUCUGCUAAUAACUUCACCCUCCAGACUCCUAUUUUUUGGCUUCGUCCCACGUGGAUCCCUUCUCCUAACCCACGCACACUCUCUUUGCGAUAAAGAUAGCUUGAAGCCAUGCAAAUAUAACCCAAAAAAGGAAGAUUUAUUUUAUAAAAUAAUUCAAGUGUGAGGUGGGGAGGGUGUGGGGAAAGGAAAGAUGGGUUUAAUUAGGGGUGGAACUUAGUUGAGCAAUUAUGGAUAAAAAAUAAGUAAGAAUACCUGGAUGCAAUUAAUUAAUGAAUCCUCCAACAUUUCAACCAUUGCCAUAGCAGGCAAAAUGAAAGCUCAGACCCUUUUUGGGACUGCAAUCUUCAUUCUUCUCGUUUCUUUUCCUUCCCUUUCCUUUCCUUUCCUUCACAAAAUUCUAAUGCUUGCCUUUCCGCAUUCCCUCUCAUGAACCUGCCUGCUCACUCUUGUUUUCUCAUUCUUUUCUUCCAUCUCGGCCGUACCAUUUGCAGAACUUAUAUUGUUACUGGCUAUGAAGUUACUCUGGCAGUGCCGCCGGAGUACGACCACCGGUUCCUCGGAAGGGCCUUUCUCAUUGAGACCGAGCCGUUAAUGCCCCCCAAUUUCAGACUAGCCUUGACCGUUGAACCCACACAAGGAAAUUUUUCGUGUUCCUUGCAGGUUUUUCUCGGAGAAGUUAAGGUAUGGAGCUCCGGCCAUUUCUCCCGGUUUUUCGUGACGGACAUAUGCGCCCUUGAGCUCACCCGCGACGGCGAUUUGAGGCUUAAGGGCCCCACCGGUCAGGUGGGGUGGCGGACGGGAACCUCCGGACAAGGUGUGGAGAAGCUUAGAAUACUGAGAACUGGGAACUUGGCUUUGGUGGAUGGGUUGGAGGGAAUUAAAUGGCAGAGUUUCAAUUUCCCAACGGACGUGAUGGUCUUGGGGCAGAGUUUGAAUGUGGCCACUCGCUUGACUUCCUUCCCCCCCAAUUCAACCUUCUUCUACUCUUUCGAAGUCCAAGCCCGAAAAAUCUCUCUGUAUCUCAACACCCCCAAAUCUAAGUAUUCUUACUGGGAAUUCAACCCUCCCAACACCAGUAACCUCUCAUUCAUCACGUUGAACGCCCAGGGUUUGGAUUUCUUCAACGCUCCGGGCAACAAAAUUGCAACAAUCCCAUCAGGAACGACUCAGUCCUUGAGCUUUCUGGCACUGGGGAACAAAACUGGGAAUCUGGGCCUAUAUUAUUACUCGUCCUACAACGGAAUUUUCGAAGCUUCAUUUCGAGCACUGAAAACCAGUUGUGAGCAUCCUCUUGCUUGUAGCCCAUACGGGGUUUGCACCUUCUCCAAUACUUGUUCGUGCAUUAGAUUGGAGACGGAGAAGAAGGGGGCGAGUUGGGAAUGCGGAGAGGAAAUGAGCGGUGAAUUUUGCGGGGGAAUUGAAGGGGAGAUGGUGGAAUUGGAGGGCGUGAGUAGCAUUCUAAGAGGUGAUCGAAGAAGAGUGAAUGUGAGUAAAGAGGAAUGUGGGGAAUGGUGUCUGGAGGACUGCGAGUGCGCGGCGGCGUUGCAUUAUUGGAAGGAGUGUUAUGUGUACAGAGAGGUGAUAGGGGUGAAGCAGAUUGAGAAGGGAAGGGGAUUGAGUUAUAUGGUUAAGGCCCCAAAAGGGAGUUGGUUGGGGCCGCAGGACUCGGAGAGCUUCAACAAAUGGGUGCUUACAGUAGUGUGCGUGGUGGAUGGGUUCCUUAUUGUUGCUGCUUCCGGAGGCAUUGCCUAUCUCUUCCUUAAGAGGAGGAGCAAGAAUUUGAUGGACAGAGAUACCCAUUCUUGACUCCACCUUCCCUUUUUUCUUUUUCUUUCUGUUACUGUGAUGGUAAGAAGUUGGAGAAUAUAACUAACUCCCAUUCUUUCACUUUUUUCUUAUUGCGAACUUUUGUUGAAUCGUU